AUGCUGUUCAAAGGUUCUGACCUCGCACUCCAGAGGCUCAGUAUGGUCCUCAUUGCAUCUUUUGUGUUUGUGAUGGUCCUGCUUCGUCCACAGAUCAAUGACACCCUCCCGUUGCGUCUCUCGAAAGAUGGCCAUGAUUCUGCAUUGCGGCCUGUCCCAUAUAAUCCAUAUCCCGACUACAACAGUGCUGCAUGGAAGACAAAGUGGAACGGGUUCUAUCAAUCGUGCGUUGGCCCCGAUGGAGUGCUUUUGAAUCCUAAGAACGAACACACGGCGAUGAGAGGAUACCGUUGGAAUCAAUCAGGUUUGUGA